CAAGAGGGAGAGGGCCGCAGGAUCAUGGCGGUCCAAGAUGAAACAGCGCGAAUGGAGAGCAUGCUUCCUUCUGACUGUCUCUCCAUUCAAGAGAUUGGAACCGCUGCCGGCGUUUUCAUGGUGUUAGCUUGGUUUAUUCUUACAGUAACAGCUCUGUUCAUGGCAUUCAAGGCCGUUCAAGCAGAUGUUUCCAUCCAGAAGCAUUACUACUUGAAUGCCUUCAUUUGCGGGAUUUCGGUGUUCUCCUAUUUUGCAAUGUUCAGUGGAAUGGGUUGGGAGACGGUCGAGGGAUGCAGGCAAUAUUUCUACAUAAGACACUUGGAGUGGGCCCUCACUUGCAGCCUCAUCCUCUUCAGCCUCGGGAUUUUGGCCGAGCAGGAUGUUGCAACAAUAUUCGCUAGCAUGGGGUUUUCAGUCGGGAUGAUAUACUCGGGAUAUCUGGCUGCCAUCGGCCUGGUGCCUUUGGCCAAGUGGUUGUGGUUCUUUUUCGGCCUUGUUCUCUUCGUCAUGGUCGUGUACAUCAUCCUACGAGAGUUCCGUCAGACGCUGCUCGAUAAGGAGAACCCCGACAAGCAACAGCUCUUCGACAAGGCGGCGCUCCUGACUAUCGUGACCUGGAGCUUGUACCCCUUGGUGUGGAUCCUGGGCCCGGGCAUCGGAGCAGUGGGAGUGAGUGUGGAAGCGAUCUUGUACUGCUUCCUCGAUGUGACUUCCAAGGCCGUGUUCUCGUUCGUGGUCGUCAACGUCUCCCCGUACGAGUCGGCCGAGCCUGCGUAUACGGUGGAGAAGGAGUAUGUAUGA